AUGAAAAGGUUACGUGGUAGCAGCUCAAUGGAUAAACAAGCGAUAAGGUUCCAUCCUAUCUUACUGUUCCUAUUCGAUUUAUCUCCAUUCUUCCUUGUCAACCGGAACCACAUGGCGAUGGCUCCAAUAUGCUUCAAAAUGUGUUACAAACACCGAACUGUAAACAAUGAUCAAGAGGUUAUCGGAGGCAUCUCUUCAGUUUCAAACCACAAACUCAAGAACACGAAUCUUUGCUAUAAUUCUGUUGCCACUUUCAAGAAAACAAACAAAACCAUGCUCAAAUGUUCAAACUUUUCAAGAUAUAUCUCCCCGAAUGCAUCAGAAAGGGAGAAACCUUUAGUAUCUAGUUCUAGAGAGAAGCAAUUAAGAUCACUGGAUUCUUACUUUAAGAAAUUCAAGAACGAUAUGAAUCACAAAGAUUCACACAAUAUAAGUCCUCGAUCUGAACCCACAAUAUAUCCUGUCAAGAACAGACAAGAAACCCAAACAAAAGUCGAUUCAAAAAGUGAUUCUGAUGAAACUUCGGGUCUCUACAUGAUAUGCACGAUGGUGUCCAUAAACAUUGCAGUUUAUCUGUUUGAAAUUGCAAGUCCAAUAAAGAACUCGGAUCUUGAACUCUUUUCACUUCCAGCACUUUAUGGAGCAAAGAUCAAUCACUUGAUCUUAUAUGGAGAAUGGUGGAGGCUGUUGACACCAAUGUUUCUGCACACGGGGAUUCUUCAUAUUGGGCUUGGUUGUUGGGCUUUGCUCACAUUUGGUCCAAAAGUUUGCAGGGCGUAUGGCCCGUUUACCUUUUUCUUGAUAUACAUACUUGGAGGGCUAUCUGGUAAUUUGACAAGCUUUCUUCAUACCCCUGAUCCUACUGUUGGUGGAACUGGACCAGUUUUUGCAAUCAUUGGAGCUUGGCUUAUAUACCAAUAUCAAAACAAAGAUGCAAUUGAGAAGAAUGUUUUGGAAAGCAUGUAUCAGAAGGCAAUCUUUGCUACUGCACUUGGCUUUGUUUUAUCAAUUUAUGGCCCAAUUGAUGAUUGGACACAUUUUGGAUCAGUGUUCACUGGCAUAGCUUAUGGUUUCAUGACAUGCCCCACAUUACUACAAAUAGAUGAUUCAUCAUCAUCAUCAUCAUCAUCAUCAUCAUCAUUGGAUACUGGUAAAGACAACGGAAUGACACUGAUCUCACGAAAUGUGGAUCCAUGUAAAUCACUUGUAAUGUUUUCUAUUUUUGUAUUGGUUUUGAGUUGUUUGGUUUUCGUGUUUGAACCUCCAUUGGGUUCACUAGAUGUAGACACCCUUGUGUAGUCUCAACACCCAAAGGGUAAAAGGGUAUAUGUGUAUGAUAUAUGUAUUACAAUAAAGAUUACUAAAAUUAGG